ACAAAAGAUUUUUAAUUAGCGUUCGAGUCAUUUGCUAUUAAUGAGUUCCUUCCGAGAUCCUGAAAUGACUAUAGUCACAUGUAUGAUCUAUUAUUGCACGCAAGAUCAUCAAUCAAUCACCUGGCAUAGCGUUCGGCGAAGGGCGGGCGGGAUUCGAUGGUGGGCGAAGACGUACCUGUAAUACGCGCGUUAUGCAGUCUACGCGCGCGUCUCUGAGAGCGAGCCGGUCGCUCCGAGGACUGCGCUUAGUGUAAAUCAUGCCACUGUUUUCCGAACACAUAUCGAACAUGUAUUACAGUGGAUCUGCGUCUUACAGUUCACCAUAUAGUUAUAACAGUUCGCUUUUACCACUCGGGACUUCGUACAGUGCUUCGUAUUUAAACCCAGGAGGGAGUUACAGUAAUCAUUCUUCUCUUAGUGGAUAUUCGCGGACGCCGUUGUCUUCGCGGUGGAUCCCAGGUGUCGGAAGGUGUUACGCUCCUAUUCUGAGCACGAUUUCCGAGAGAUCGACCGCCAGCCCUUCUAGAAUAAACAGCCCAAGGCGCAUUCCUCUAUCGAAAAGAAACUAUUCAAGUUCCGGGUACACUUCUCGACCUAUUAAUAUAAAUACUGCUGAUAUUGAUGUUUCGAGAGAUAAAUAUAAACAAAAAGUUGAAGAUUCGUCAGCUUUGUGUAAGGAGAUCCCAGAGACUGGAAGUGAAGAAAAAGAAAAUGGACCAUUUAUGCCAAGGGUGGACGGUAAGCCUGAAACAGGUAUUGAUUCGUCUCCUGGUACACAAAGGAGUACCAUAAAACGGGGUAGAACAGUAGUCAGAUUUCAUACGUUAAAGAGGAAGGAGCGUGAUUCCCCUCGCAAACCUGUUCAGCAACUGCAAAAAGACACUAGCUCGGAAAGAUUAGAUGUAGAUAAGACAGGCUCAAAUGAAACAAAAAAUCAAGAAUCAUUAAGAUGGAGGGAAAGGCUCUCUGACGAUUUAAUUUAUAAAGAUAAAAAGGUAAAGAAGACUUUAGGUACAAAGCUUGUAGAAAAAUUCGCACUGAAAGAUGAUGUCUUAACAAGCAGUGAUAAGCAACCUGUCAUUGAAGAUUCAGGUAACGAUGUAGAAGUUAGUGACACUCGAUCUAUUUCAGAAGCAAGUAUGUGUAAACUUACAGAUAGACGAUGUUCUGUGGAAUUACUAGCGGAACAAGCGAAGCUGUUGGAUUCAUUGAUACGCAACGAAAAUUUAAGUACAACGACUUUGGAUGUCAGCAAAGUUGGUACUACUUAUAACAGCAAAGAAAACACAAAACCACCUUCUGUAGUUAAAAAUAAAACCGAUGAGAAACGAAAUUCAUUGAAAACAACAAAAUCUGAUCAUUCUUUACAUGAUAGUUUAAAAUCAUUAGUAGAAAAUAGAGAAAUUAAGAAAAAAUCAGGCAAGCGGCGGAGUUUAAAAAAAUCACUGUCUGGAGGUAGCAUUUGUAGGUUAGAUUCCAUAACAGAAUUUCCCAAAGAACCUAUCAAAUUAGAUUUACCGCCUAUAAAAGAAAAAACGCAAGAAAAAGUAGUAAAAAAGCCGAGGCUUAAAACUAAAAUAACAUCUUCCGUUGAGGUGACGACUCCGCAAAGUCCUUUGAAAUUUAUUAUCGAAGAUGUAAUAGUAGAGCAGAAACUACGGCCGAUUAGAAAGGGAAUUAUUUUUACAAGUGAAGUCGAGGAAACACCGACACCUACGCUAAAAUUAGAAAAAAGGAAACUGGAGGGGAAAGAAGAAGCUUCAGAAAUUAAAGUGGAAAGUGAAUCUGCGUCACCGGACCCUGACGAUGGUAAUUUUUGGAAUAAAAUAGGUAAACGAGAAACAGUCUAUUUAAUUAAAAGGAAAAAAAAGUUGGAAGAAAUGAAAGAGCAAAAUAAGCGUGCACUGUUUUGGUUCCCAGAAGAAGAAGACGAAUCUGAGAGAAAUUUGGAAUCCGAAAAAAAUCCUGUUACGGUUGAAAACACUAAUUUGAAUGAAAGUAAUGAAAGUAAAACUGAACAAACAAUUCUUAGUGGUGAUAUUGAUAAAACUGUUACCAAAGUAAUUCCAAAAGCAGUACUAGAAGAUUUGCAUUCAGACCAUAACAGCACUAAUAUAGAAAAGGUGGAACAAUCAAGCUUUGAAGCAAAAGUAAUACCAUUAAAUCAAAAUGAAUGUACAAAUUUAAAACAAGGUAACACAGAAAAAGCCGAACCGAAAAAGGUAAUGACACCGAAGUUAAAAAACGAUAGUGAAAAACUUCCUUCUUUGAAAAAUAAAGAGGAUUAUAUAAUUGACCAAAGAGAAAAAAAUCAAGAUGUAAUGACAAACAAUAAUAAUGAUAAUAACAAACCUUCACGACAAAAUAUUGGUGAUGAACAAAAGACAUUACAAGAACCAAGUGCAAUAAAAGCCAGAAGCAAUGAAACAGAUACAGAAACAACAAACCUGAGCACUGAAGCAGAGAGUAUUAAGACUUUAUCUUCUGUAAUUAACGACAGUAAAUCAGAAUUGAAUCAAAUAUCUUUAAAGGCUGAAGUAGUGGACAAACCUAAUGAAAAUAAAGAAACGACAAAGCCUGUGGAAAGCUGCAUAAAACAAAAAUCAGUCUCUUUAAAACAAAAGUCAUCUGAAAAAACUCAAACUGACACCAAAAGCAGUUCAGCAAAGCUAAAAGAAGAAAAUAAGGAGUCAACCUCAUUAAAUCACGAGGUAAAAUCAUUAAAAGAAACAGAAGUGGUUUCUAAAAAGAAGAAAAUAAUUAAAGUCUCGAAAUCAAAUAAAGCCAGCGAAGAAAAAAGUACAUGUAAAACAGUGCCGUCCGAUCAAAAAUUAACGAAUCAAGAACUUAAUUUCGAAUGCGAAGCUUCUAAAUUAGCUUCAAUUCAUACGAAAAAAGAACAACCAAACAGUGAAAUUAUUUCUAUGUCUAAAGAAAAAGUUGAGUCCAACGCAGAUCAAACAGCACUCAGUAGUUCAACUGGUCCUGACAUGUUGAUCAACGACAAAGAGUCAAAGCUUGUAAUUAAUGCUAGCAUUAAAAAUAAAACGCAUGACAAAAUCAGUUCAGAGAAUGAACGCGCGGCUCACAAUAUAAAUGCUACUACUAGCGUACCUGUAAUUCCGAUAGUAUUAAAAUCUGAAAACAUUCCAAAUAAUAAUAACGACAUAAGUGUACCUUCCACAUCCCAAGAUAUCGUAAAAACAGAAGAAACAAAGUCUAGUACUAUUCUAAAAGCUUCCCAUGAAGAAAUGGCUUCAACUAAUGAAGAUAAAAAAUCAAGCAUAGGGAUCGCUACCCUACCAGUUCCUCCAAUCACAAAAAAACCUGUGAAGCCAGAACCGGCUCUGAGACCAUUGAUCGCCACACCGCGACCUUUACAAAAGAAACCACCUCAAGUGAUACGCUCAUCUGAUUCUUCUGAUUCGUCUUCAGAAGAGGAUUCAUCAGAUGAUGAUAGUGAAUCUGACAGCAGCGAAGAGUCAGAAGAAUUCUACGAAUGCGAAGUCAACAUCGACGGUAGAACGUCGACGGGUUCAAACGAUUCUGGAUUUGAUUCUUCUGCACCAGCGUCUCCUGCUCUAUUCUCUCAAAUUAAAAAAGGCGGAGAGAAUCCCGGAACAUCUUCAUGUAGCAGCUCGGUGAAUUGUUCCACUGAUAUAUUGGAACAGGAGCUUGAGCAAUCUACGGCUUACGGUAUUUUCCGUAAAACAGGCCGGUUCACACCACCAGCCAGGUCCAUACCCCGCUUCAGAAAAUAUACGGUUGAAGAUUUUCACUUCAUCAAAGUUUUGGGAAAAGGCAGUUUUGGAAAGGUUUUAUUAGCAGAACUCCGAGACACCGAAUACUAUUAUGCUGUAAAGUGUUUGAAGAAGGACGUGGUGCUGGAGGACGACGACGUCGAGUGCACCCUCAUCGAAAGGAAAGUUUUAGCGCUCGGUACAAAUCAUCCGUACCUUUGCCAUCUAUUUGCUACAUUUCAAACUGACUCCCAUCUGUUUUUCGUGAUGGAGUACCUCAACGGUGGUGACUUGAUGUUCCACAUACAACAGAGCGGUCGGUUCCCAGAAGCAACAGCGCGUUUCUAUGCCGCUGAAAUUGUUUCCGGCUUGAAAUUUCUUCACAAAAGAGGAAUUAUAUACAGAGAUUUGAAACUUGACAACAUUCUUCUUGACUUCGACGGCCAUGUUCGCAUCGCCGACUUUGGCAUGUGCAAGCUACAAAUUUAUUUAGACAAAACCGCGGAUACGUUCUGCGGAACGCCAGAUUAUAUGGCACCAGAGAUUAUCAAAGGAUUGAAAUACAAUCAAACUGUAGAUUGGUGGUCGUUUGGCGUGUUGCUCUACGAGAUGUUGAUCGGCCAAAGUCCGUUCAGUGGCUGUGACGAAGACGAGCUGUUCUGGUCGAUUUGUAACGAAAUGCCAUCGUACCCCCGUUUCCUGUCCAAGCAAUCUCUCUCCAUUUUAACUAGAUUAUUGGAUAAAGACGCAAGGACGCGUCUCGGUGGCGUGGAAUGUAUGCACGGCGACAUAAGAGAGCAGGAUUUCUUCCACGCGAUACACUGGGACAGACUCGAGAGACGGGAACUGGAGGCUCCGUUCAGACCUCGAGUUAGACAUCCAAUGGACACACAAUACUUCGACCGAGCAUUCACAGGAGAACGACCGCGGCUGACUGCUGUGGAGCCUCAAGUUCUUCGCUCCAUGGACCAGGAACCCUUCAGAGGUUUCUCCUAUACUAAUCCUAACGCUACAGAUCGUUAAUGAGGAAAAAAAACGGUUAUGGUUAAAAUUUUUGUGACAAAUAAACUCAUUUGUCAGAGUUGACAUAUUCCCGAAAAUUAAGGAAACGUCACAAAUCUAAUUUCAUCCGAUCGAAAUAAUGAUAUGGAUAGGAUGUUUUGAAAUAGAGUAUAUUAUUAAGUAAUUUGGAAGUACCUACUUCUAAAAUUAUUUUAUUUAGAAUUAAAUGUAAUUUUGAGGCCAAUUUUUUAAAGUGAAAACUUCUUUAACUUCGUUGUUAUUUGAAAAUUGAUAAAAAGAAAAAGUGUCUCAAAAAGAGAAAAGCAUGCUAAGCCUCUUUAAGGUUUGACCAGCGAGAAAAUACUUUUUAAUUGAUUUUAUAAAAAGCAAUUAUGCUUCAUCUAUUGGACAUGAAAAAAAUCAUGAAAUGUCCACUUAUCUUGGAGUUAGAAUGAUUUCCUUAAAGCCUCCUUUGUAACCUAUUUAAAACUUUUCUCUGUAAUGAAGAGUACCUAAUAAAUUUGAAAAUUUGCGCAGCUUAAGAUGCAAAUAUUAGUCUACUGUUUACUAGUGUUCUUGUUUAAGAGAGCUUAUAAUCUAUAACUAGUGUAAAAAAAUAUGUCGAAGGUGCCUGGUACACAAAUACGAAAUGCCAAACAUUAACUAGCCUACAUCGCUUUAAUGUGAAUACCUACCUUAAUAUAAAACAUACUGACAUAAUUUUUCUUUAUUAACUGUUGAGUUUUAGAAGAAUCAGAAUCUGAAAGUUAUACUUUUGCACCUAUCACGUAGGUAUUAGCUUAACAAUGACGAUAUACUACCUGUUUAUAAAAUUAUAAUUACUAUAAGUUAUGUUUCUUUGUUAGAUAGAUAGUUUUUUUUAUAAGAAAUGUCGUAUCGUGUUACAAAGUAUUAUAAUAUACUUGUAUAAUAUAUUAUGUGUAUAUAUACAACGCUUAGCUUCGCUCUGGCAGCGAAAAUAAUAGUUUUUAAUGAAUUAUAUUACACUAGGUUGUUAGCAUCUGUCAUUCAAACUAUGGUUUGCACGACAAUGCACGAGUUAUUGAUAAAUUACUAUAACUUAUACUUGCUUUGAUGUUCUGCUUCCAAAAUUGUAACAAAGUAUUUUUAGAUUAUUAGAUAAUGGUCUCGUACGAAUGAUCGACAAAAUAAUAUAACCUAGUAAAACUUAGGAAUGGCAAAAACAAAACCAAUUCUUGGACACGACAAAUAGUAUUGUUGCUAUGAUGAUGAGUUCCUAUACAAAGUUUCUAUCAACUACACACUUUAAGCAAUACCAAUUACUUAGUAUAAUUUUAUAAAAAAAUUCAAACUAGAUGUCAUUUCAAUAAAUUAUUAGGGCAAACUCUGUUAUGCGUAUUACAUAUCAUACUUAGGUAAUUUUAGUUCACAUUUUGUAAAUUGUUUGUUAAAAUAAAUAAGUGAAAAGUU